AGCUCUUCUCGACACCGGAAGUGCUUGUGAAGGUACUUCUAACGGCACUGUUGAAGGGACUCUACCUACACAGAGCGAACAACAAGCCUCACGCUCACUAUCCGGCAGUGCAAGCAAGGCCUGCAACAUUGGGAACAAGGAGAAAGUAAGAGAUCGCAGCGUCAACACCAACAGCACGAGCCGAACCGAAAGCAAACUGCAUCAAAAUGACCAAUUUGGACGCGUUGGCAGCUGCACGGUCAUCGACGGGGAGAAAAUCAGCGCGAUUCCGGAGGAGAGCGAGUCUGUCACCAGUGUAAUGAACUGCUCGGAGGAGACCAACAUCGUGGUGCACGACAAUCCUCCGCGCCCUAGUGGGAAUCUUGCCGAUCAUUCAGGUGAGGCAGCAGCUGCAGUGCAGGUGUCGUUAUCCUGCGACGGAGAGCAAAGAGCAAGAGAACGGGUUCAGUUCCUAGAAGAAAUAGAGGGGGACGACGAGGUACGGCUUGAGUUCUCUUCUUCGUCUGGCGAAAAGAUGAGAGGAGUGAAGGGGUCCUCGAGCAUUGUCAACCAUCAGCCUACUAGAAGUCGUGCCAGUCUUACCGUUCCGCCGGACGUCGAGGCCGUUACUGAGAAGAUUUCGGGACUGACGGCAACGAGCAGUGCGGCGCUUGACGAACUGCAGGUGGCUCACAUUGCGUCUUCCUCCUGCUCAUUGGUCGACGAGGAGCCAGACCAAGAUCAUGCUUCUGCGCGGGGAACUGCGUGUAUGUCCUCUAGUGGCGGCGAAAACUCCGCAAGGGUCGGCGACAGCGGACUCGAGCGGGGAGCCGCAGUAGAGGAGAUGAACGGUCAUGAUCACGACGAUCAGUUUCCUUCUACCGCUGGGAUGAAUGUGAAUGUCGACAGCAGUUGCGACUCGAUUUCGUCGCUGGAACAGGAUAUUCCCGCCGCCACUCCUGUCGAACGCGCGGAGAGGAGCGAACAGAGCUCCUCCAAUUUAGCCGAAAGCGGCCGUGCGUUUUCUUCUAGAAAUAGCGAUUCCCAGCUCGGGCUCGGUGGUUCUGCAGCAUCUCCCGGGCAGGGGGGAAACGAGAAGAGCAGAGUAGAUGCAGGUAGCUUGUCGCCGCAUGUAGCCAAUCGAACAACUGGUGAUGAUAACAAUUGCGAUCCAUCAGAAGAAAGAGAACGUCGAGACGUUUCGUCAGGGAAUUCGGAUGAAUCAGGACCCGGCUUCGAGGACCAUCACGUUGCCGAUGACGAGGGCGAUUCCUCUUGCAGCAGUAUCGAACAGCAGUACGACAGUGCGUGCCCCGAUGCCACCGGCGACAGCGCAGUUGUGGCACACAUGCUGGACCAUGUAAACCUCGAUGUGCGAGCGCGUUCCUCACAAGUGGUACAGGAGCUGCAGAACGUUUCCAAAGAAAAUGAGGUGGACGGCGACGCAGCCGGUAUUGCGGAUGACGACGAUGAGCUGGCGCAAUGUAGUGCUGUAAGCGAUCAGCAGUGCGUGUCAGACAAGUCUGGUGAUGGAAGUGGAGUGAAGGUGGAGGACAAGUUUUUCGCGCACGACACGCAGAACAAAGGCGCUGAAAACAGCGCACAUCAUGGUCUGAUUCUCGGACCAGUGCCACCUGAGGACGAGGGAAAGUUGAAGCCUUUCGCCCUAGUGUCGGUUUCCGCAACCGAAACCGCAUCAUCCGCUUCGCAAAACCGCCCGCGCGCACCGCGCGACGUCUGCACCCCCAGCGAGGUAGGAUUCGAACACGUGGAGGCAGCACACCAGUCUGCGAUGGUGCAGCAGGGUACUGGAAAUUACAAUCGCGUGGACGCCGAACGUCGUACCCGCUUGGCACCGCCGAGGAUCUUUGCCUCAUCGGCGGCAACUGCAAGUAGUAGUACAGAUGAAAAAGGGCAACUCCAACCACAACCAGAAAGAGAUGUGAAUCCCGCUUGUGGUACAACUGGGAAAGCACAACUAAAGUCCAGCACUGCGCCAGCAGGUGUAAUCGAAACAAGCUUAUCGUCUCCUGACAAACUGCCUUUAGCUUGCGCCGCUUCCUCCAAGAAGUCGCCAUUUCCCUUUGCGGGCUCACCGUCGCUCUCUUCGAUUCGCGGCAGCCCAAAUCAAUUCGAGACACCGGCCCGCAACAUUUCCUCAUCGGGGCAGCAGACCACGCCAGACACUACAAGGACGCUUCCUCACGGAGCGCUCGUGCUGCGCAACACUGUACAGCAUAAAACUCCCAUGGGCGGCGGGUGCAGCUCUCCUGUUCGCAGAAUCACAAACCGGAGCGCAAAAAAUCGGCACACCGUCUCCUCCUCCGGUCCCCGUGACUCCCCCUCGUCCACUGGUGCCGUGAUCGGUGGGGCAUGUGCAACAUCGACUCCGCAACGAGAGGCCCCAGACGGGGACCUGCGUCAUUCAGGCCCCCCGACGCCUCUAUUCGUCCACGAUAAGCUUCCACUGCGGAAAAUGACUGAACAAGCUCUAUCGCCUCGUUUACAACAAGACGAAGCUUGUUCUGCGAGAGAGAAGAAUCUGAAUCUUUUCUGCACUGGUGCAGCCAUCCGACGGGGACAGGUUUCGGCACCCGUUUCCUUUCCGAUGAUUCGAGAAGAAGAUCGGGUGGAGAACGGACGAGGAAUUAGGGCCUUCAGAAGUUGCGCAUCGAGCUUUGCCGGUCCGAGCAGUCACGCGGUCGGUGCGCCAAUUCACGGCGCACGCAGGGGCGCCUUCAAUUCUCUUUACCUGCAGCCCCGGUCCAUAACGCCGCCGCCCACUGUUGGCACCAGCUCACUGUUCACCUGGGCCCAGCAAUAUCGAAGCCGAAGUCUCAGCCGCCCGAAAGCGGUCGAGCUCAAGUCCGCCAAGGAAUCCGAAAAACCAUAGAGCGGCCGAUUUGCGCUCUUUUCUACCGCGAGAGUUUUGCCGGGGGUUCAUAGAUUUUUUUGGUGUUAAGCUCAUACCUCUCAACCGGAGCGCAGUCAAGCAAUUCUGACCAAAAACCUGUCCAGCUCCGAAGUCCAAUUUUGAAUCAAACAAGCAGAUGCAAGGAAACCGUUUUGGGUGGUGGAUACAACUCUGUUUCUUGUGUACGCAUUUGUUUGAUGAGCCGGGAGAUGAGCGUCUGCCGGUGCUGUUGGACCUUGCCGC